AUGCCUCGCAACCAUGUAAGGGGAAAGGUCGCCUGCUUCCGCGGUAGCGCCUCCUAUACGUCCUCGUCGUCCUCCUCAUCCCGUCCCUCCGCCGCGUCCGCCGCCGCGCCUGAUUGGCAUUCUCAACACACACAAAACCAGCCCCAGAUGCGCCGCGCUGCAUUUGACGUCCUCUUAGCCUGGGCCGGCACUGGCUGGAUGGUCGCCCGUCAACGCGCCACACAACGAAUGCGAUCGUGUGGCGUCAAUCCAGCCGCAACCUACAUGGGAUGCACACACAGACUGGCCGCUCACUCGUCCGCGGGCCAUGCGGGCCACAACAUGGACCAUGGCACUGGUAAGUGGGCGGGCCCCAGCGAGCGACAAGGGGCAGGCAAUCAGUGGAUUGGGGGGCUUAUGCAGUGA